CCCAGGCAUUGUGCCCAUCCCCCCUGCCAUGUGGGAACUGAGGUCAGCCUCCUUCUGGAGGGCCAUAUUUGCUGAGUUCUUUGCCACCCUCUUCUAUGUCUUUUUUGGACUGGGGGCCUCACUGCGUUGGACCCCCGGACCCCUGCAUGUCCUGCAGGUGGCUCUGGCCUUUGGCCUGGCCCUGGCUACGCUGGUGCAGGCUGUGGGCCACAUCAGCGGAGCCCAUGUCAAUCCUGCAGUCACUUUCGCCUUCCUUGUGGGUUCCCAGAUGUCUCUGCUCCGGGCCUUCUGCUAUAUGGCAGCCCAACUCCUGGGAGCCGUGUCUGGGGCCGCCAUGCUAUACAGUGUCACCCCGCCUGCCGUCCGAGGAAACCUAGCACUUAAUACGUUGCACCCUGGGGUGAGUGUGGGCCAGGCCACCACAGUGGAGAUCUUCCUGACGCUCCAGUUUGUGCUCUGCAUCUUUGCUACAUACGACGAGAGGCGCAAUGGCCGCCUGGGAUCUGUAGCCCUGGCUGUGGGCUUCUCCCUCACCCUGGGACACCUCUUUGGGAUCUAUUAUACUGGUGCAGGCAUGAACCCUGCCCGCUCCUUUGCUCCUGCCAUUCUCACCAGAAACUUCACCAACCACUGGGUAUACUGGGUGGGCCCAAUCAUUGGAGGGGGACUAGGCAGUCUCCUCUACGACUUUCUCCUCUUUCCCCGGCUCAAGAGUGUUUCUGAGAGACUGUCUAUUCUCAAGGGCGCCAGGCCCAGGGACUCCAGUGGACAACCAGAGGGCACUGGGGAACCUGUUGAACUGAAGACCCAGGCCCUGUGAAAACUCCAGUUGGCUAGAGGGAGCAUACCCAGAGGCGCCUCCAGGCAACUGGUACUUAAGCCAAAGGAAAGCUCCCUAAGGUCAAAACAGGAAAUCUGACGCCCAGAGCAAAUGCAGAGGAGCCCGCUCCCUUCGCAAGCUUUAAAACUAUAUCUCUAGCUUGGAAGACCACUCUAGCCCGUAGCUCAACUCUCCACUUCCUCCCAAAUAAAGCCUAAUUUUUCUAACUA